AUAUAGUCAUUAACACUUUUUUUCUGUUCUUUGAAAACACAGAAUAUUCUCCAACCCCUUCCAAAAACCCUAAACCCUAAACCUUUGCCCACCCAUAUUAGGAAUGAAAAAAGAAUAUGUUUUGAACGAUUCCCCAAAACCCCUGCGUACUAAAAACACAUUUCAACUUAAUUAAAUAUCGAAGUUGAAAGGCAGGCAGUGCGAUUGGUAUUUCACCGAUAUUUUUCAUAUCAACGGCGGAGUUCGAAUGGAGAGGAAAAGAGCAAAGACUGAUGAUGCAGAUGAGCUUCAAAAUGUGGACUAUAAUCUUGUAAUGUCUAUGGAGCGUUUGCAGGAGGCGCAGGAUGAUUUGGAUCAGGCAAAUGAAGCAGCAAAUGACAAGGUGCUAGAGAUCGAACAGGUUUACAUGGAAAAAAGAAGACCUAUUUAUCAAAGGCGCAAUGAAGUGAUACAAAAGAUUCCAGAGUUUUGGCUUACAGCAUUCUUGAGUCAUCCACAUUUACGUGACCUUCUGACUGAGGAAGAUCAAAAGGCAUUCAAGUAUCUUCAGUCUCUCAAUGUCGAAGACUUGGGUGACAUUAAAUCGGGCUACAAGAUUACUUUUGAGUUUGGUCCAAAUCCAUAUUUUGAAGACAAUAAAUUAUGUAAGGUUUUCAAAUAUGGGGAUGAUGCUUCAACAACAGAAUCUGGCAAUGCUCCGCAUUGGAAAGAUGGAAUGGAUCUGACAAAACCAAAAAAAACUGAAACAAAAGAAAAGAAGAGGCCAAGGAAAACAGACAGCUUUUUCAACUGGUUCAGUGAACAUGUUGAAGAAGAGUUGGUAGUUGGAAUGAUGCAAGAUGAGAUAGCUGAUAUAAUCAAGGAUGACCUUUGGGUUAACCCCUUAAGAUAUUUCAACAAUGAAAAUGGAAGUGACUCAGAUGAUGAUGAAGGUGAUGAUGACGAAGGUGAUGAUGAUGAAGAAGAAGAUGAGGAUAGUGAUGAAGAUGAUGAGUGAUUGAAAUUGAUUUUGUUUUUUCCUCAGAUUAUGACAGAUCAACACAUUCUUCACAAAAUUUUGUUAAUUUUGAAAGUUGGCUGUUUUGCCUGGUCAAUUUUUUAAAGGAAAAUUUUAGUCACAAGUUGCAGAAGACAAUGUCUAGAAAGAUAGUUUCUUUCUUGCAUGUACUGACAAUUUAUCUGUAGGAAUGUCUCACAAAAUGUCCCCUUUUUGAAGGGGAUCAUGCUUAAACGGACACUUCAAGUGGAGUUUGCUUGCUAUCAUAUGAAGUUUUUAAAAUGUUUUGCAAAAAAUUAGUGCCUAUGUAGGAUAUAUAUUUAAAAUGACCCUGCCCAUUUGUAUGUUUUUAAUCUAAAGAUCAUUUAUA